UUUUUCUCCCCCUCCUCCUCUUCCUCUUCCCUCGGUGAUUGAGGGAGAACGUGAGUAAAGCAAAAGAAGCAGGCGUGUUUUAACAGAUGGCUCUUGCCGUCCCGAUUCAGCCACUUCACUGCCUCUGAAACAACUCGAAGAGAGAGAGAGAGAGAAGAGAGAGAGAGAGAGCGUGCAAGUAGUUCAGGAAAUUUAAACCACUUCAGUUUGAACUUCUUUUUUUUUUUUUUACUCGUCUCCUUUAAAACUUUCCGUCCAGCCUCUCUCGCUCACACUUUUGUGUUGACAGUUACUUGAAAGUUUGUCAAACUUCGUAGCAAUGUGGUGACUGCGGUGCAACAGGCUGCAGGAAGACAGAUAUCAGGACAGAAGAGGAAAGAGUGCACCGGGACACUGACACAAGACCGGCUCUCUGGUUUGGGGGUCUCCGCCGCAGGACAGAAGGGGACAAACUGCCACCUGCCUCCCCUGCAGCUGUGUGUGAGAACAAAGAAGUCAACUAGAAGAGCUGUGAGCCUGUUACCCUGGACCAGCAGUGAAUGUGGUUUUCACAACUCCACUAAUUGUCUGGACAAGCAAUCAUCUCCUCUCCGUCAGGUGUCACAAGGUGAAGUCUGUAUAGAGUGAGCGGGAGCGCUGAGAUGGCGACGCAGGGGCUGGCGGCCCGGCUCUUGGUGCUGCUGGCCGUGUUGGCGGUGGCUCACGCCUCCAUCUUCCAGUCCAAUCAGAGACUGAGACCUCGGAUCCAGCGAGACCGGCGCAACAUCCGCCCCAACAUCAUCCUCAUCCUCACAGAUGACCAGGACAUUGAAUUGGGCUCCAUGCAGGUCAUGAAUAAGACCCGGCGGAUCAUGGAACAGGGUGGAACGCACUUCUCCAACGCGUUUGUCACCACACCCAUGUGCUGUCCGUCACGCUCCUCCAUGCUGACCGGGAAGUACGCCCACAACCACAACACCUACACCAACAACGAGAACUGCUCUUCGCCCUCCUGGCAGGCCCAACAUGAGCCGCGCACCUUUGGAGUUUACCUCAACAGCACUGGCUACAGGACAGCAUUCUUUGGGAAGUAUCUGAAUGAGUAUAACGGUACUUACAUUCCUCCGGGCUGGAGGGAGUGGGUCGCCAUGGUGAAGAAUUCCCGCUUCUACAACUACACUCUGUGCAGGAACGGCGUCCGAGAGAAACACGGAUCUGAAUACUCAAAGGACUAUUUGACAGAUCUCAUUACCAAUGACAGCAUCAGUUACUUCCGCAUGUCAAAGAAGACCUACCCUCACCGACCCAUCAUGAUGGUGAUCAGUCACGCUGCCCCUCAUGGCCCGGAGGACUCGGCCCCUCAGUACACUACUGCCUUCCCCAACGCUUCACAGCACAUAACGCCCAGUUAUAACUACGCCCCUAAUCCAGACAAACACUGGAUUAUGCGUUACACCGGCCCCAUGAAGCCCAUUCACAUGGAGUUCACCAACAUGCUGCAGCGCAAGAGACUGCAGACGCUGCUGUCCGUGGAUGACAGUGUGGAGAAGAUAUACAACAUGUUGGUGGACACUGGGGAGCUGGACAACACAUACGUGAUCUACACAGCUGACCACGGGUAUCACAUCGGUCAGUUCGGACUGGUCAAGGGGAAAUCCAUGCCCUACGAGUUUGACAUCAGAGUUCCCUUUUACAUCCGUGGCCCAAAUGUGGAGGCAGGAGGCAUCAACGCCCACAUCGUGUUGAACAUAGACUUGGCCCCCACCAUCCUGGACAUCGCAGGGAUGGACGUUCCCCCAGACAUGGACGGCAAGUCCAUCCUCAAGCUCCUGGACACGGACCGCAUGAUGAACCGGUUCCAGCUCAACAAGAAAGGAAAAGUGUGGCGGGACUCGUUCCUGGUGGAGAGAGGAAAACUGCUGCAUAAAGUGUUGAAUGAUGAGAAAGAUAUGGCCCAAGAGGAGAACUACCUGCCCAAAUACCAACGCGUUAAAGACCUGUGCCAGCGCGCAGAGUACCAGACGCCAUGUGAACAGAUCGGUCAGAAGUGGCAGUGUGUUGAAGACGCCACAGGGAAGCUGAGGUUGACUAAAUGCAAAGGCAUGGCCCGUCUGUCUGCAGUGCAGAAGCCAUCUGUAUCCAGCAUUAAAUCACAGAUUUAUCUGCAGAGCAUGAGCACUGAUGUCAGCGUGAACUCUGAGCCUCAGGGCUGCAACUGCGAACCCAAAAGCUACAGACUGAGCACCUUCUCCAAGAAUAAGCUGCUUGCCAAAAAGAAACUGAAAUCACUGAAGAGCUACUCCAGGAACCGCUUUACUCGUGCUGCUUCCCUGGAGAUGGGAGGAGACCUGUACGCAGUGGACCUGGAUCAUGAACACCGGCUCUCAGGCCCCUCGGGCCCCAGGAACAUCAGCCUCAGGCAGAACACAACGGACGAGGACGAGUUCAGCGGUGUGGGACCCACUGCAGUCAGCCAGACCAACAACAGCCUCCCUGUGCCCUCCUCUAUCAAAGUCACUCACAGAUGUUUCAUUUUGGCCAAUGAUACAGUUAAAUGUGACGUUGGUCUGUACAAAUCCCUGCAAGCAUGGAAGGACCACAAGCUCCACAUCGACCACGAAAUUGAAACGCUCCAGACAAAGAUUAAUAACCUUCGUGAGGUCAGAGGUCAUCUGAAAAAUGCAAGACCUGAAGAGUGUGACUGCAACAAAUACUAUUACCAAUCCAAGUACAAGAGUAAGCUGAGGAAAUACAAAGCAGGAGGUGUCCAUCCCUUCAGGAAAGGACAGGGGAAGGAUAAGAAGGCCUGGUUGUUGCUGGAACAAAAGCGCAGGAAGAAGCUGAGGAAGUUACUGAAGCGCCUGCGUAACAAUGACACCUGCAGCAUGCCUGGCCUCACCUGCUUCACACACGACAACCAGCACUGGCAGACCGCCCCCUUCUGGACACUGGGGCCGUUUUGUGCUUGCACCAGUGCCAAUAACAACACCUACUGGUGCAUGAGGACCAUUAAUGAGACACACAACUUCCUGUUCUGUGAAUUUGCUACUGGAUUCCUGGAGUACUUUGACAUCAACACGGAUCCAUAUCAGUUGGUGAAUGCAGUGAACACACUCGACCGGUUCGUUCUCAAUCAGCUGCAUGUUGAGCUCAUGGAGCUCAGGGGCUGUAAGGGACACAAGCAGUGUAACCCUCGCACACGCAGCCUUGACAUGGGGGACAGAUAUGGGAAGGAUGGGAAGGAUAACUCAUGGAACGAGGACGUCCAGGAAGACACAAACAUGUUUCCUGGUGAGCCGAACCGGUCCGAACUUGAACCUUUGUACAGACUUGACGAGCACGCCUACGAUCUCAAACUCAACUUCACCCUCAGCCUUGAGGACUGGGCUCAUUUCAGCCGCUCCGUCGACCACAUGUUCACGCUCCUCAGCAACGACAACCAGCCGUAUUCUCCACCCCGCCAUGACAACAGACAAACAGGAAGAGGCCACGCCCUGGUGUCCUCCAGCCAAUCAGCUUCAGCCAUCUACCUGACCACUCUGGCCACGCCCGCUCUUUUAUUGAAGGAAGCUGGCGCUGAGAUCUUGAGAGACGCUUUGGGGCUAAACCAAGUGGACUGUCCCUCUUCUUCUUCUCCUCCUUCUCCUUCAUCACAUCCCAUACGUCCUGCAGGGUCGCAGGUGGACAAUGCGGGCUGGGACGCUCCCCUUGGAGACCUGACAAGGGCCAUACAGAGAGAAGGCAGGGACGGUGAUGAGGAGGAAGAGGAGGAGUUUGUUCAGAGACGGACAGAAAGGUUAAGCUCCACCCACUGUGACUGCAAUGACAGUUUGCAGGAAACAGUUUGACUCUCAUGUAAUAUUCCUCUCUCUCAUACCGUCCCUCCUCAGACAGACAUCGCAAAAGACUUUUAAAUUUGAUGGAAGUGAAGGAAGAGGAUUUUUAAUGCCAGCGUACAGUCUUUCUGUUUGUUUUUCUUCUCCCGUAAGUUCCCUCGCUCCAUUAUCGACUGGUCUCAGAAGCGCGAUGACACCCUGCAACAUUUCCAUCUACAGUCGGACUGUUUUCCCAUCUUGUCCAUGAGAUCGGCUAGGCUUUGAACAGAGCACAUUUUUAUCUUUUAACUUCGAUUCUUUACACUGUUUUUUAUUCUUUCAUCUGGGAUUUGGGAAGGUUGGGGGUUAAUAGCAGUAAACCUUUACAAUGUUUAGUUGUUGUGAUCGUUCAUACUUGAUUCAGUUUGAAACCGGUUUUGCAACAAAAUUCUUGAUAACUCUCUUUUUUAGUGUCUCCAGAGGAUGUCUCGAUGUCUUUUCCAGCCUUUUAACUUCACUGAACAACACCUCAGACAGGUCAAUGACGAAUGUGUGUGUUUGUGUGUCGUGUGAGUGUGAAUACGUUGUAUCUGAAGUCAAAAGUGAAUUUAAGUGUGAUAAAAUGGAGCUUUCUGAUUUCAUUUGUUGCUCCCAGUGUAUUUUAUAGCAUUAUUUAGGUUACGCUUAAAUAUUGGCGAGGUUUUCUCUCUCUCUCUCUCUCUCUCUCUCUCUCUCUCUCUCUAUAUAUAUAUAUAUAUAUAUAUAUACAUAUAUAUCGAAAAAAAAAAUCUAAAUCUAAAUUUCUUAUAGGUUCCUGGAUGCUUAUUGCAUCAUAAUAAGUAUAAAUAACAACCACCAAAAAAAAAAAAAAAAACAUAGAAAAAUGGUUCAUUUGAUGUAUUUGUCAUUAUGUGUAUUUGACAGAAAAUAAUGUUUUCCCCAAACACAUCGAGAAAUAAAUUUUAAUGUACCGAACAUGCCACCUCAUAUUUCUAACCUUAGCUUGUUCUUAAAACUUUUGCUAUACACAGUGCUACAAAUAUCAGAGCAAAAUUUAUGAAUGGAUGUAUGUAUUUUAAUGUCCGUUUGCAAUGUAAAUGUAAACAGACCACCAGACAUAAAGAUGUCACUCCAUCUUGAGGUUUAUUUAUGCAGCACAUUUUUAACAGUUAUUUAAUACACAUAUUCAGUUUUUUAAGGUGAAGUAUCUAAUAUUGUUUAAAUUAUUACCUUCCUGAUGUAUUUCGUCCAUCCCUGUCUUGAGAUCAGUUUGAUGAUUGUGAUUGAGAUUAUAAUGUUCAAGAGGGUAAUAAUCUGAUCCCUGAUCAGUCCAGUACAGUUCAUUGUGUUCACAUAUUUCAUAUCAGUGUAUAUCAUCCAGCCUCAUCUCCAGUGGCUGUACUAAAAGUAGUUUUGUCUGAGAUUGUGUAUGGUUGUUUUGAAAAAACGUCAUAAUUGUUAUAAAGAUGCACUGUGCAUAAACUGAAGGAUAGGAGACGAUGCGGAGAGAAGGAGACAUUUUCCUUUGGCACUUUCAAAAGGAAAGCCUGUUUUUGAAAAUGAAAAGAGAUCAGAUGGGUUUAACAAAGUCUUGUACAGUUCUAUAGAUUUAUCAUACCUAUAUUUUGGUUUUGGUUUACCACUGAACAUUUGAUAGUGCUCAUUACUUUGUGAAUAAAGUGUUGAAUGC